AUGGAGUCAAUGGAAGCUGUUGUGAGCAGUGCCAGUUCCUGGAGCACGGAAAGUGCUGCCAGUGAAGCUCUCGACAAGCCCAAAGUCAGCACCGUGGAAGCCUUUGUGAAUUUGGUCACAGUGAUCAUCGGGGCGGGGGUCCUGGCGUUGCCCCAGCUGCCCCAGCGCAGUGGAUUCGUUCUCGCCGCCCUGCUGCUGGUCAUUGGCGGCCUGGCCGUGCAGGAGUCUUCCAUCCAGCUCUGGAAGGCCUUGAUGGCAGCCAAUGAACCUUUGGAUGAUGAGAAACCCAGGAAAGUCACGACUUAUGAAGCCUUGGCCGAAACUGCUCUUGGACUCUGGGGAAGGAUUUUCACAGCAGCGGUGGUGAAUAUCUUUUUGUUAGGUGUUUGCUCUGCCUAUGCUGCUCUCAUUGGAAUGCAGCUGUACAAUCUAACUGGGAUCUUUGAUCAGCGGAUCUGGCUCCUGAUUGCAUCUCCCAUCUUUGUGAUGCUCGCUUUGUUGCCCAACCUGUCGGUCCUGUCGAAGUUUGUCCCCUUGGGCAUGCUGGCAGCUUGCUUGACGGCUGUCAUGGUCGUGUGGAGGGCCUUGGAAGAUGCAGGCACCUGGCGCUCCUGGGAUCAGGACGUCCACCAUCUUUGGCCGUCGAGCUUCGCACCGUUGGGUUCUGCUCUAGCGACAUGUGUGGGAGCGUUUACACUCAUUCCAAUGGUACCUCCCAUCGUCCGCGAUAUGUCGAAGCCACAGAACUUCUCCUGGGCAUUGAAUGCAGCACUUCUCACCUGUGGGGUUCUGUAUCUGGGAGUUAUGCUUUGUGGUUACUACGGCUAUGGUAGCUUUAUUUCAGAAGACAUCGUCGAAUCGAUGAGCCGUAGUCCAAGUUCAUGGGAGGAAGCCAUGUCUCAGCCCAUUGCUGAUUGGACGGGAGUGCAAAGACUAUGGAUCAGGGUCUUCAUGUCCAUCUUGAUUUUGGUGAACAUCACUCUCAGCAUGCCGCUUUUGGCCAUGGCCGUAUUCUAUUCCAUAGAAAGCUUUGAAUCGAACUAUGUUGUGCCUGGUUCCUGGAGCAACUGGAUGAUGAGGAUUAGCAUUAUCACAGGUAUCGUCGCCAUGGCAUGGGCUGUACCGCGUUUCACCGUGGUCUUUGGUUUCUUCAGCUCCUUGGCAGCUCCAUGCGUCUCCUUGAUCCUUCCUUUGGUCAUUGCAGGUUGUGUUUUGGGGAAGGCCAAAUGCUGGAGACGAACUUACCAUGGAGUUCUUGUCCUGCUUGCUGUCUCCAGUAUGUUUUCUGGCAUGUACACCUCUGUCAUGGAUGUUGCAAGCAGUUGA